ACAACAAAAUAUUGUGAAUGUUUUGAUGAACUUGCACUGACAUACCUGGGCAACGUCAAGGUGCAUCACGCAGCAAAGAACCGCCCCCUACUGUUGGUGAUGUUAAUUGUCCAAAAAAUAUCUGAAGUCUAUAGAUAUGCAUUUGUUUUUAUUAAUAUUGUUGAAAUUGUUCGUCUCUUUAUAAAAUUUGAUAGAAUGUUUUUUCUCGAUAACUGUCUUCUAGUAAGGUUGAGAGUAGUGUGUGCCUGUGGUGUACUGGUGAUUUGUGUGCCCUGUUCUGAGCACUACCCCGAGGACCCGUGCCGUGAUGGCGAGGAAACCCCGUUGACAAGGCACUGCUUUUUCAUGACGGAAACAAAGGGCGUUAGAUGAUUGAAUCCAUGCCCCCUGCUGCAAAAUUUGUGUCAUGGAUGAUGACGAUCGUCGUCUACUGGAUAUUAUCGGUGAUGUGGAUGCGUUGAAUGACUAUCUCCACGGCAGCAGCAGCAAGUCUAUUGAGGAGGAUGAUGUGACAAAUGCAGUUUAUAGGUCAGAUGGAUCCUUCUUUGCGAAUGACACGACUGGCUCCAUCACUGAUGUCAAGGAUGGCUCUUCUACAAUGGGGGAAUUUGGUGAUGACUCAGCAGGGGCCAGCCUCCAGCUCUCCAGCAGCCUUAACUUCAUCGAGGAUGAACUGGGGAAUGGUCAGUCCCCUGGAGCAGUGGAACUUGGAGAAGACGACCAGGACCAGCCGUUUGACAUCUUACAGAAGUCUCUCCUGGAGGCUGACAUCACUGAGCAGACGUUAGCUCAAGAGGCUUUACUAGACUCCCAGCCCACUCCCACUUUAGUGCAGGCUCCCGUUCCUUUCACCUCCCAGCUGGUCUCUGGGAAUUAUGGAGGUGGGGUGGCUGCAGUUUCCACAGCAACAGCUACAUCACCUGCAGGACAGUUCCUACAAGGAGUAUCGCAGCUUCCCAAUGGCUCAGCCCAGCAUAUUCAGGUGUUGGGCUCUUUUGGGACAAGUGGAGGGGUGAUGACUUUGAGCAGCUUGGAGAGAACUCCUCAGCUUGUGUUGAGGCCGGGGGGACCCGUAGCUGCAGCAGGGACAGCAACAGGAGGGCAGGUGUUUGCCCCAUCUCAAGGUCAGACAAGCCAAAUUGGCCUGCCUUUCAAAAAUAUCCCCCUUCAAAACAUCAUCAUCCAGAAAGGACCCGGAGGGACCCAAACCCUUGUCAGGCCUAUCCAGCCUAAACCUAUUCAGACUGGUGUUCAGACUGUCUACAGCCUUGGGCUCCAACCCAGUCCCACGACCAUGGCUAAUGUAGUUAAGACUAGCAGUGCUACUUCUGUGGGGCAGUACACUGCUAACGGCUCCAUUGUAGUGCAGUCACCCAUGGAGCAGCAACAAGCACAGGGUCAGACCAACCUACCGCCUGGACAGUUCUUAUUGCCCACUUCUUUGGCUCUAACUCCAGCAAGCACCAUCCACAAUGGCUCAGCCGACCCCAGCUCGAAUGCCCUCAUCACCAGUCAGAAUGCAGUGCAAAUUGUUGCGGGCCAGAACUUCACUGCAUCUCCAGGAGGACAGCUAAUUUUGAAUCAGGCAGCAGUUUGUGGCGGUCAGGUCGGCGGGCGUGUAACUCAAACAUGGACAGGGGUUUCUGGUGUAAGCCCAGCCACUGUGCAAGCAUCGUGCACUCCUGGGCGACUCACUCUUGUGGGCCCAGCGACAGUGGGGAUUGGAGGCCAGGUUUCGGCAAGCCCUGUGCAGCGCCUCCUAGUGACCCAAACGCAGAACUGCACUUCUCUGUCACCCUUACUUACAACAGUGACACAGGAACACCAAGACUACAGACAGAACUCAUCACCUGCGCAGGCUCAGCUUGGCGGCAUCCACGCAAUGAAAACCAUGACACACGAGUCAGCAUGUCAGCUGAGUCUACCACUGACAAGAGAGGGAAUAAUGUCACAGCAGCUCAGGAAGGAUCACGCUUUCGUUGCGAACCCAGAUCGUGGUCGAUUCACUUCAGUCAGUGAUGCACUGCAGAGACUUCUUCCCUUCCACGUGUUCCAGGGCGCUCCACCCAGCCAGGAGGAGUUUUCACAGGUGGAUGAAGAAUUUGCGUUGUCGGCGACUCAGGUGCUGAAGAGGACGCAGUCCAUGGUGAACAAGUACAGACGACUACUUCUGGUGGAAGCUGAGCGCUCCAGCCCGUCUUCAGAAAUGGUCAUGAUUGACAGAACAUUCAACCAAGAGGAGAGAAAUAACCUUACACAAGACAAACGUAUGGUUCUAGUGGAUCCUGACUCCUUUUUGGAUGACUUCUGCUGUGGGGUGAAAUCCAACCUUUUCGGGGACCCCUCCCCUUCUCAGUCCUUGUCCAGCCUGAGCUGGAGUCAGACUGUCAAGACCUCUGUGGAGCCACCACACAGGACAGACCCCCAGCCUGGGUUUGGGGACCCUGGAGGGGGCGACCCCGGGGCGUUAAUGGCAGGGGACAUGUUCCAACCUUCACAUGCGGAAAACAGAGACAUUGUGGAGCUGAAGAAGAUCCAGCAAUGCUACGGGCCCAACGGCGCUAACAGCCACAUCACUGCCAACAGCUGUCCUCAAGGUAACUGCUCACCCACAACAGCACCAUCUGGAGGGCAGACGCACUACCAGGUGUCUCAGCACCUGUCCUCCCACGUGGCUCUGACCCACUACAUCCCUCAGCUUGCCUCGCCCCCGCACACUGACACAGACUCUGCUCUUGAGGCAGCAGUCAAUAGCAUUCUGGAGUGCUAGGAGCGUUGUUAAGACUGAUCCACGUGUUGCUGAAUAUCAUCCUGAUUCUUUGGUCCAGACAGAAUUUUUUUCUUUUUUUGAGUUUUGGUCAAUAUAUUGUCAAAGUCUCCUGCACUCACAUAUAACCUGCUUACAUUUACUGAAAAUGGUAAACGUGCCUGGCAACAGCAGAGAUUUUUCCAUUUCCACGUCAAUUCUGUUAGUCUGUUCCCACAGUUCAGAUACAUUUCAUGACAUCAUCCGAGAAGCGGAAAGAAAGUUGAGACUGAGAAAUCCAAA